AUGGAGGACGCGCUGGAACUGGCGCGUGCUAAGGACACUAAGGAGAGAAUGGCGGGUGUGGAGAGGCUCCAUGAGUUUCUGGAAACCUCUAGGAAGAGUUUGUCGUCGGCGGAGGUCACUUCUCUUGUAGAUACUUGCUUGGAUCUCCUCAAAGAUGCCAAUUUUAGGGUUUCCCAAGGUGCUCUUCAAUCCCUGGCUUCCGCCGCUGUUCUUUCCGGCGAGCAUUUGAAGCUCCAUUUCAAUGGUUUAGUUCCCGCCGUGGUUGAGAGGCUCGGGGAUGCUAAACAACCCGUCCGGGAUGCCGCCCGCAGGCUGUUGCUUACUCUGAUGGAGGUUUCUUCGCCGACAAUUAUUGUGGAAAGAGCAGGUUCAUAUGCUUGGGCACAUAAGAGCUGGAGGGUUCGAGAAGAAUUUGCACGUACAGUCACUUCAGCAAUUGGUCUUUUUGCAUCAACUGAGCUUCCUCUUCAGCGAGCUAUUCUUCCUCCUAUCUUGCAGAUGUUGAAUGAUCCAAACCCUGCUGUUAGGGAUGCAGCCAUUUCAUGUAUUGAGGAGAUGUAUAAUCAUGCUGGGGCUCAGUUUCGAGAUGAACUUCAAAGACAUAGUCUUUCUGCUACAAUGGUAAGAGAUAUCAAUGCGAGAUUAGAGAAAAUCAUACCAAAAGCACGCCCAUCUGAAGGGCCUGUGAAUAAUUUUUCGGCUAGUGAGAUGAAACCUCUUAAUGCAAAGAAAAGCAGUCCUAAGGCCAGAAGUUCAACACGUGAGGUAUCUCUCUUUGGAGGAGAUGGUGAUAUAACGGAGAAACCUGUGGAGCCAAUUAAGGUUUACUCAGAGAAGGAAUUGGUUAGAGAAUUUGAGAAGAUUGCUGGUACUCUUGUGCCAGAUAAAGACUGGUCCAUCCGUAUCGCUGCUAUGCAAAGAGUUGAAGCUCUUGUUAUUGGAGGUGCCACUGAUUAUCCUUCUUUUCGUGCACUUCUAAAGCAACUAGUGGGGCCCCUAAGCACUCAAUUAUCUGAUCGCAGAUCUAGCAUAGUGAAACAGGCGUGCCAUCUAUUAUGUUUCUUAUCGAAAGAGCUUUUGGGAGAUUUUGAGGCUUGUGCAGAGUUGUUCAUUCCGGUACUUUUCAAGCUUGUUGUGAUAACAGUACUUGUAAUAGCAGAAUCUGCCGAUAACUGCAUAAAAACAAUGUUGCGGAAUUGCAAAGUCUCCCGUGUGCUUCCUCGCAUAGCUGAUGCUGCAAAAAAUGACCGGAAUGCGGUUCUUCGUGCGAGGUGUUGUGAAUAUGCGCUUCUCAUACUAGAAUAUUGGGCUGAUGCUCCUGAAAUACAGCGUUCUGCUGAAGUGUACGAGGACCUUAUAAAAUGUUGUGUAGCAGACGCGAUGAGUGAGGUUAGGUCAACUGCAAGAACUUGUUACAGAAUGUUUGCAAAAACUUGGCCUGACCGUUCACGUCGCCUGUUUAUGACCUUUGAUCCUGUUAUACAAAGGAUAAUUAAUGAUGAGGAUGGUGGCAUCCAUAGGCGUCAUGCUUCUCCUUCUGUUCGUGACAGGAGCUCCUCCAUGCCCUUUCCUUCUCACACAUCUACCCCCUCCUUGCCUGGUUAUGGAACUUCUGCCAUAGUGGCAAUGGACCGAAGUGCCAGCUUGUCCUCGGGGGCUUCUCUGUCGUCUGGUCUGCUUCUAUCGCAAGCUAAAUCUGCACCAAAAGGAGCAGAACGUACCCUUGAAAGUGUUCUGAAUGCUAGCAAAGAAAAAGUUUCGGCCAUUGAAAGUAUGCUUAGAGGACUGAAUUUAUCUGAGAAGAGCAGAUCAUCUAGUUUGGACCUAGGAGUUGACCCACCAUCAUCUAGGGAUCCGCCAUUUCCUCCUGCUUCAAAUAGUCUUGCAUCCUCCUUAUCACUGGAUACCCCAUCCAGUAUUGCUAAAGUUAACAACCACAAUGGUGGCUUGGGUAUGUCAGACAUUAUUUCUCAGAUUCAAGCUUCCAGAGACUCAGGUAGAAUGUCAUAUCGAAGCAGUGCAGGAAAUGAGCCGUUGUCAGUGAUUUCAUCCUAUUCUGCCAAGAGAUCUGAUAAACUACAAGAGACAAGUUUAAUGGAUGACCAUGCAGAUUUUCGGGAACCUAGGCGAUAUAUGAGCUCCCAUGCAGAAAGACACUAUAAUGACACACCUUACCGUGAUGGUAGCUCUAGGGAUUCCCAUGGUAAUUACAUUCCCAAUUUUCAAAAACCCCUUUUGAGGAAGAAUGUAGCUGGACGGAUGUCUGCUGGCAGGAGAAGGAGUUUUGAUGAUAGCCAGCUUCCCCUUGGGGACAUGUCUACCUAUGUGGAAGGUCCUACAUCACUAAAUGAGGCACUAAGUGAAGGGCUUAGCUCAAGCUCUGAUUGGAAUGCACGGGUUGCUGCAUUCAAUUAUCUUCGAACUCUAUUACAGCAAGGUUCACGUGGUAUUCAAGAAAUUUUACAGAGUUUCGAGAAAGUUAUGAAAUUGUUUUUCCAGCAUCUGGAUGAUCCUCACCAUAAAGUUGCACAGGCUGCUCUUUCAACGCUCGCUGACCUUAUUCCUGCUUGCAGGAAGCCCUUCGAAAGUUACAUUGAGAGAAUACUACCUCAUGUUUUCUCUAGGUUAAUUGAUCCAAAGGAAUUGGUGAGACAACCUUGCUCAACUACAUUGGAUACUGUUAGCAAGACGUAUGGUAUAGACUCCCUUUUACCAGCUUUGCUCCGCUCGUUGGACGAACAACGUUCUCCAAAAGCUAAACUGGCGGUUAUUGAGUUUGCGAUUGGUUCGUUCAACAAGCAUGCUUCUAAUUAUGAAGGUUCUGGUAAUUUUGGCAUACUUAAGUUAUGGCUUUCAAAAUUGACACCAUUGGUGCAUGAUAAGAAUACCAAACUGAAGGAAGCAGCAAUUACAUGUAUCAUUUCUGUGUACACCCAUUUUGAUUCAGUAGCAGUCUUAAAUUAUAUUCUUAGUUUAUCAGUUGAAGAACAAAAUUCUUUGAGAAGAGCUCUUAAACAGUACACACCACGUAUAGAGGUAGACUUAAUGAAUUUUCUUCAGAGCAAGAAAGAGAGACGUGCUAAAUCUUCUUAUGAUCCUUCUGAUGUUGUUGGAACAUCAUCUGAAGAGGGAUAUAUUGGUGGAUCAAAGAAGGUUCCUUUAUUUGGAAGGUAUUCUUCAGGUUCAAUAGACAGCGAUGGAGGCAGGAAAUGGAGUUCUACUCAAGAGCCAGCAACGAACACAGGAUCCAUACAUCAAAUGUCAGAUGAUAUCCAUGUAAAUUCUUAUGGUUCAGAAACUGGUCCCAACACUGAUCUGACUACUAAUGCCAAGGAUCUGAAAUACAUGGAAAAUACAACUACUAAUAGUAUUGGUUCAUGGACAAGCCGGGAUCGGAUAGGAAGCAUGGAAAGCAGUAUCAAUGUGGAGGCUACUCUGACACCGCGCUUGGACCUCAAUGUUUUAAAUGGUGUCAACCAUCAGCACAACAAUGCCACGCUGACUACAGAUAAUGGAUUUUCACAUGAAUUUGUACAGCAUUCUCCCGAACUUGCAGUUCUGGCAUCGAACUCUGCUUCAGAAGCUGGACCAAGCAUUCCCCAAAUCCUUCAUCUUAUUGGCAAUGGGAAUGAUGGAAAUCCAACAAACAAACGCGAUGCUCUUCAGCAGUUAGUUGAAGUUUCUGUUGCGAACAAUGAAUCUAUCUGGAGCAAGUAUUUCAAUCAGAUUUUGACAGUUAUACUUGAAGUUUUGGACGAUUCUGAUUCCUCAAUCAGGGAACUUGCUCUUUCACUGAUCAUUGAAAUGCUGAAGAAUCAGAAACAUGCAAUGGAGGACUCCAUUGAGAUUGUUAUUGAGAAGCUGCUUCAUGUCACAAAGGAUUCUGUUCCAAAGGUUUCAAGUGAAGCAGAGUGUUGUUUAACCAUAGUCUUGGCAAAUUAUGACCCGUUCAGAUGUUUAAGUGUAAUUGUUCCGUUGCUGGUUACUGAAGAUGAGAAAACUCUUGUCACUUGCAUAAACUGUUUGACGAAGCUUGUUGGGAGGCUGUCACAAGAGGAAUUGAUGGCACAAUUACCUUCCUUUUUGCCUGCUCUUUUUGAAGCUUUUGGUAACCAGAGUGCUGAUGUUCGUAAGACUGUUGUCUUCUGUCUUGUGGACAUCUACAUAAUGCUUGGGAAAGCAUUUCUACCGUAUUUGGAAGGGCUGAACAGCACACAAUUGCGAUUAGUGACCAUUUAUGCGAACAGAAUAUCACAAGCGAGGACUGGUGCCCCAAUUGAUGCUGGGCAAUGA